CAUUUGACGAUAAUGACGGGUUUCCUGUGGUCACAUCGGUUUCAUUUGAAGUCGAAUUUGCCGACAGAAAAGCCGCCAGCCAGCAUCAACCAUCAGACAAGCAACAUGUCUUGUGGUAAAUCACGGCACGAACUACACUAAGAUGGACGAGUACGACUUAUCGCAGCUUGAAGAUGCCUAUAUGUACGAAGAUUUUAAUCCUGAUGACUUCAUUUUCGCCGAGGAACCAACCGGUCGAUUUGGAUUCAUGCAAACAUUCAGGCAAUGCGCCGUGCCAACGAUAACCCAAACCCUAGACAAUGUCGGCCCGUUACUUGUGAUGUGUGUUAUACUGAGGCUCAUUGCUAUUUUACGUGUCCCAAGAUGGCUUGUUCACUUGGUCUCCGCGCUGACUGGCAUAGGAGCGAUGACGAUAUUUAUUAAAGAGUAUAUGGGGUACCCUUUGGUUAUGUGCUUGGUUGGGUACCCUGUGCUAUUUGUCUUCAAGGGGUACAGAGGUCCUCUCAUGUCGCUUGUUUGUCUGGUUUACAUUCUAACCUGUGAAUUAUUUAUUGCUAGCCCCAGUGCUUGGCACAGAGUAAGAGGGACUCAGAUGAUACUAGUCAUGAAGAUGAUAAGCAUUGCUUUUGACUAUGAUCAGGGAAUACUAGCACAGUUACCAAACCUUUUGGAGUACUUUGGUUAUUCUAUUAGUGCAAGCUCAAUAAUUUUUGGGCCGUUCAUGAGUUAUGAUGACUACUCAAAGAUAUUGACAGGCAAAAGGCUGAGUCUGUCCUGGAUAUUUGGAGUGACCAGGAGCUUCCUUCUGUGCUUUAUCUGUUUGCUACACUCAGUCUGUGUGUCACCAUACAUCUUUGCCGAGGAUGACAACAAGUGGCUAGUAGCAUACCAGACAGCCAUGUCAUUCCGAUUUAGUCAUUACUUCGUCAGCUAUCUGUCUGAGUGCACCAGCAUUGCAUGCGGCAUUGGUACAGAGACGAUAUUCAAGGAUCACAAGCAGACACACUGGCAUUUUGACGUGUCGAGACCACAGCAUGUUGAGCUGCCCCGGUCUCUUGUUGAAGUAGUCAUUCAUUGGAAUGUGCCAAACCAUGUGUUUCUAAAGAACUAUGUCUUUAAGAAGACCCAAAGAUUUGGUCGAUUCAUCGCCAUCCUGCUUACAUUUGGGUGUAGCUCUCUGCUUCAUGGUCUGAACUUCCAGCUAGCCGCUGUACUGCUGUCCAUUGGGGUCUAUGCCUAUAUAGAACACGUUCUUCGAAGCAAGAUGGCGGCCUUAUUUAAUGCAUGUAUCAUGGCGAGAAACUGUCAACCCGGAUGCGACCAUCAAUGGAAAAAGGGAAAUUUCUGGGUAAUGGCUGCGAAUUUGACAUUUACCUCUCUGUCCGUGUUCCAUCUCGCGUAUUUGGGAAUCAUGUUUGGUGGAGAUGUGUCAACACAGGAAAAGGGUUACGGGAUGUGGCAUACAUUACGUCACUGGACGCAUUUGGAUUUUGCCAGUCACUGGGUGGCUCUCGCGACAUUCGCCGUUAGUCUAGUUCUACCUUAGAUUAUGUUUCCCAUAGAUUAUGACUUAGACUGGCAUAGCAGAUACACCAAACCAGUAACUUAAGACAAGACUCCCACCUCCACCCUCAAGGUAUCUCAGUGCCAGCGAGUAAAAACCCCUUACCUCCGGGGAUAAGAAUCUUAUACAAAUGAAGCUACGGGAAAUGAUGUUCUAUUCGGUUUUCUAUUCGUCUGAGCGCAAAAUAAAAUAUAAUUUCUUUCAAUAA